AUGUCAUUCACUUCCUCUUAAGAGUGCCCCUCAUCAGCUCUAAGCUUAGUGAGAGUUGAGAGUCUGAGGUUGUGGUAGCUGCAGGAAAGUACAGAGGCGUUUUUGUUCCAACCUCUAUAGUACAGUACGGUGUACACAGCCAGAAGCAGCUACGUUAUCGCUUUGAUGGAUACAUGGAAACUUUACUUUGUUGUGCUUCUACCACUUUGUACCUCCAGAAAAGAAAUGAUGUGGAAGUCGCUUGUGAAAACAGUUGGUCAAGAACCAGAUGAUACUCCAAUAUGCAGCAAUGACACACUGAAUAUUAUCGUAUUUGCAGUAUGUAAAAUGAACAUGAGCCGAGGUGAAGAGUGUCGUCUGCUGUAUCGCCAUGUGGAAGGCUUUGAACAAGGAUGUGGUUCCAGGUUCACAUUUCUGACAAUAAAUCAGACUGUGUUUCUCCACCUGAGCAAUUUAACACCAGAGGACAGUGGAAUCUACAGCUGUGAGUGUGUACGCCCUGAUGGAGUGAAUAUCAUACAGCUCAACAUCACCGUGGAAGAGAGUGAAGACUCUGCCGGUUCUUCAGAAACACCGUCAUCUGAUGGUGUAAUUUUAGAAAUUGUCAUUGGAGUGACUGUAGUCAUGAUUAUAACUGGAGUCCUGCUGGUAGUUAUCUGCAGAAAGAUGUGUCAUCGACAGAAACCAGAACCUGUGAUCGAACGUUGCCGGUACAGCGUGAUAACCUACAUGAAAGCUGUAGAGACCGAGCUGUACAGUGUGAAGAAAGAGAGCAAGCUGCAUUCUACUGUAAAAAUGUUCAUUUAUAAAAAUGCAAAUAAUAAAAAAUUCUCCUAUAGCUUUUAAACACGUUUAGAGAUUCUUUUGUAAAACUUAUAUUAUAAAACACCGUCUAAUGUGAUUUCAGUUUUCUUAUUAAAUAAGUCAAACAUCUGCUGGUCCAGAAGUCAAAUAUUUAGCUAUCUUGUGUGAAAGUUCAUCAGCAUUUCAUUUUCUGACUCUAGUGAAUUGUUUUCUUACGAUUAAGGGAAAAAUGUUUUUGUUUGUUCUUAUAAGAAGGUGGACUUGUCAUUUUAAAUCAUGUGUUUGCUGUAUGUCUGAAACCAACCUCACUGAUGUAUUUUGGUUUUGUAUUAUACUUGUUUGAAAUAAAAACAUGCAUGUGUAAU